UAAACCUUGUAUGCUUCAAACAUGUAACUCGCAUCUUAGUUUAGUUUUAAUUUCAAGUGUUACUUGAUUGUUUAAAGGCAAACCGUAGAUUGUAUUUCUCAUUUUUUUUCAUACUUGGUUAAGGUGUCUUGGUUUUGUUUGGCUGAAUUUUUUUCAUUUUUUGGGUUGGUGAAUGUUAUGGGGUUGAAUGCAUAGGGUGCACUUUUUUCUGAUUAUUAAAUUAUUUGGAUCACUCGGCCUUGGGGAUUUUAGAUGAAGUGAGGCAUAUCAUUGUGAGAUGCAAUGUUGUAUUGUACAAUUCUUCCUCACAUGUUUUCUGUGCCUGUGUUUAAUGGUGGCUUCUUCCAUGCAGUCUUUCUUUUAACUUAUUGUAUAGCAUGUAGUGGGUUUUGGCUUUCAACCAGUUGACUGCCGAUUUGUUAUCCCUGGGAUGGAGAGCCUUGGCCAGCAGUGGUGACCUUACAUUUCAGUGUUCAUUGUUGACUGUGGAGGUGUGUUUUCGUGUUUGUGUGCUUUUUGCCAAGGUUUGACAACGUCUUUGUAAGGAACAAAAAGGAGAAGUGGUUAAAAAAAAUAUAUAUAAAGUCGUCUGACCACCAUAUUAAAACAUGUAGAAUCUUGCCGGUAUUGAUACGAACUGGACAGAAGUGGAGUCUUGUCUUCAAAAGUCAGAUUAAAAAUUGUUUCUAUGCUGAUGUACUGGAGUUCGCGAUGGAACGUAUCUGGACUUCGAGAGACAAGAGUGGGUCCAGUGUUUUCGAGUUCGUAUAUUUCUACUCUUUUGGUAGGCCUUGCGCUACAAGAUGCUGCUAACAGUUUACCAGCUUUCGACGUUGUGAUUUGUUCUAGGAUGCAUCAGGUGGAUUCCGUACCUUAUGUGCUGAGUUGGUGGGUUUGCCGUUCGUCGUGUUGGAAAUGUGGCAUUCGAGUGGCGCUGUGCCGCUGUUCUAGCAUUGAUCUGCUGUGGCGAUUAUCUGCAGACGUUUCCUUAUGGGUCUGGUGUCACGUUCACCGUAGGCUCGCAACGGCGUGUGGAGGUCUUAUCGAACUGUAUGUUUCCAGGCUUCAGGUGUUUUGCUGGGAGAGGGGGAUGUUGAUUCAGUUAUUCGGCGUGUGCGGGGUGCGGCUAUUACUUCAUACCGUGCAGUUUCCCUUGCUGUUGUCGUGGUUUGCUGUGGCAAAUUGCUGUCGGCAUAUCGUCAUGGCGCCAUCUUGGGAUCGAAUCGGUUGAAGAUCCAGCUAUGGAGCCGUUGGUUUGCGUCCUAGAUGGCCUUUCUUUCCCCCGGUUCUGUUCGACUAGUUGCUAACAUCCAAUCGUGUUACCGCUCCUUUCUAGUAAGCACUUUUGUUCUUUAUUUUAAAACAAUGAUUUCUAUGGUCACGCUAGUAUAAUCGACGGGAUUAGGUAUCUCAUUUAGCGGUUCUUGCUCUUUAAGCUGGGGCUACGACUUGUUCUUUUCCGGAAUGAUGAAUUGGUCAUUGGUACGUGUUUAUGAUCAAAUGAUUUUAUUAUUUUCUCUUGUUUUUGUUUUUUUUGUUUUGGGCUGUGGAGUUUCUAAUUUUUUAUUUUUAAAUGGCAGGUCAUUUGUUUCAUCGCCGUAAAUGCCUUGUGUUCUAGGUAUGUAUUUUUCAAUCAUUUUUCUGUCUUGUGUGUUAAGGAUGAAAAAUCUAAACAUCAGAGCAUUGGGAUAUGAAUCACAAUGAUUUUUGUUAUUUCUGACAUUGUACAGGAGGUAGUGUUUGUUCGUUUCUUGAAACAAAUUGUAAAUUUCGGUUUUCUUAAGAAUUGCGACGUGGGGCCGUCGAUGGAUAUGUAAUCGGGAUUUCACUGAUGCAGUUGCUGUGGAAAUUGGUUACGUACAACAUUCUUGGUAUGCUGCUUGGCGUGGGUGUCAUUCAAUUCGGGAAUUGUCUGGAUUAAGGCGGACGAACUGGUUUAUGAUCAGCUUGAAUUUUUGUUUUGCGACAUUGAAUUUUUUACCGUUUGCAUCAAUAUGUUCUAGUGUGUAAAAUUUGAAUACAUAUUUAGUUAUUUGAG